UUCGUAGGAUGCUGUUGGUAGUGCACGGUGUAAUCAACUAAGCAUUUCUGGAUAGAUUAGCACUCAAUCGAGAUACUAUCCUUAUCUUUGUUACAGUCACCGCACUCUCAAUUUAUACUACUUAUAUGUGUACGAAACACUAUAAAAGUCACAACUUAAAACGGUUGUUUGUGAUUUUGUUUAUUUUGUUCUCAUUACUGUUCUUAGGACGACUACCAACAACAUGUUAGAUUUAAAAGACGACGAUAAAGAUAAUGAAAAAGGAGUAUUAUUGGUUCCAUCUCCAUAUUUAAAAUAUGACCCACGAAUUCAGCCUUCUCAACCAGAGUAUAUAUUUCUAGAAGGUGUUGGCUCUAAGAAACGGGGACGUUUUGAAAUGUGUUUCAUUGAAAUCGGUACAUGGUAUUCGGUGGGCUCUGCAAUCGGUGUUAUACGUGGAGCACAUAAUGGCAUGAAAAUCGUAUUGCGCGAUAAACAAACUCGCACAUAUAACAGAACACAAUUGUUGAAUAGCGUUUUAAAACAUGGAUCUAGUAUGUCAAAUAAAUAUGGAACGAUAAUGGUAUACUAUAGUAUUUUUGGGAUAAUACUAGAAAAUGCUCGAGGCCAACAAGAUGAUAUCUAUAAUAAUAUUAUUGCUGGAACAAGCACAGGACUUUUAUAUAGGUCUACAAGUGGUCUCAGAAGUUGUGGCAUUGGUGGUCUGAUCGGCUUCAGCUUAACAACAAUAUAUAGUUUGAUUUCAUCAAGGAUUAAAAUUAUUGAAGAUAUACGUGAAACCAUCAUACAUUUCAAAAACUGAUAACUAUAAAAUAUUUGAAAAAAAAUCACAGGUUUCCAAUGGCUCGUACUCUUGCCGAUAUUGUUCAACUAUAAUAAACUAUUGUACUAAAUUAAUAAUUAUUAUAUACACAUUAUACUCUUACAGUGGCGUGCCAAAGAGGGGAGGGGGUUGAGAAAAAGAAUGGUGAUAUUGAAAAGCAUGUUAUUAAAUAUGAAUAGUAUCUGUUGGGUACAUUUCAAUUACCCCCCUCCCCCCUGAUAAAUUUCUGGAUCCACUCCUGUACUUUUAUACGUAUUAUACGGUUAUGAAAUCCUGUCUUAAUUUUUUUUAAACUAUUAAUGUAUACAAAAAUUAGCCCUUUAAAUGUUAUCUUGAAUUUUCGUACAACUAAUAAGUACUUUAAAAUAGUUAUGAUAAAUGUCGUUCUUUAAAGGUUAUUUAUGUACUUAAUAAUCCAGAAAUAAUGUUAUUGACGAAAGAUGUUAAUAAAGUCUUAAGUCAUUAUACUCAAGUACACGUAUUAUAAUUUUGAUAAAUUCUAAGAA